ACGGGAAUCAAUACCAAAAUCCAAAUCCAAUCCCAAAAUGGCUCGCCUCAUCUCCGCAGCAGUUGUUCUCCUACUCGCCGUAGUCUCCAUUUCCUCGGCCGCAGCCGGGUCGGAGUUCGAUAAGGAGAACGUGAUCCGAUCCGUUACCGAUCGGGUCGGAUCCUUCGAGGACAACCUCCUUCAGGUACUCGGCCGGACUCGCGAUGCCCUCCACUUCGUCCGAUUCGCUCGAAGGCACGAGAAAAGAUACGAAACGGUGGAGGAGAUUCAUCGAAGAUUCAAAAUAUUCAGCGAGAGUUUGGAUCUGAUCCGAUCCACCAAUAGGAAAGGGCUUUCCUACAAGCUCGGAAUCAACCGGUAUGCGGAUCUAAGCUGGGAGGAGUUUAAGGCGACCCGUUUGGGUGCGGCCCAGAACUGCUCCGCGACGUUGAGGGGGAACCAUAAGAUGACUAAUGAAGCUCUGCUCGAGACGAAAGACUGGAGGGAAGAUGGGAUAGUCAGCCCAGUGAAGGAUCAAGGGAAGUGUGGGUCUUGCUGGACAUUCAGCACAACAGGUGCACUGGAGGCAGCAUACAUACAAGCAACAGGAAAGAGCAUCUCCCUUUCAGAACAGCAACUAGUGGAUUGUGCUACUGCGUUCAAUAACUUUGGAUGCAAUGGGGGCCUCCCUUCCCAAGCUUUUGAGUACAUAAAGUACAAUGGUGGCCUUGACACAGAGCAAUCUUACCCCUAUGCUGCAGUUAACGGCAUCUGCAACUUUAGACCGGAGAAUGUUGGAGUCAAGGUUCUUGACUCAGUUAACAUCACCCUGGGUGCUGAGGAUGAGCUGAAGCAUGCAGUUGGAUUGGUUCGUCCUGUGAGUGUUGCAUUUGAGGUUGUGAAUGGUUUUAGACUCUACAAAAGUGGUGUUUACUCAAGUGAUACUUGUGGUAGUGAUCCAAUGGAUGUAAACCACGCAGUUUUGGCUGUUGGUUAUGGAGUAGAGAACGGAGUUCCAUACUGGCUCAUCAAGAACUCAUGGGGUGCAGAAUGGGGUGACAAUGGAUACUUCAAGAUGGAGCUUGGCAAGAACAUGUGUGGUGUGGCUACUUGUGCAUCCUACCCAAUUGUUGCCCCAUGAGGAUGAAGACUGAAAUGGCGCCUUUUGUAGUUCUUUAUCAGGGAAUUAUACAUGGAGGGUAUGAAAAAUAUAAUUUUAUGAGUAAUAAUGCUAUUUGUGUCCUACAUGAAUGGCUUGUGAAUGUAUGAGGAACUCUUGGGGGCAUGGAUGUAAUAGAAGCAGAUCCAUGUAAAUUUAUCUUUGAUGUAUUUAUCUAUAAUGGUUGUGAAUACAUGAAACCCCACCAAUGUUAUGUUUUAAUGCUUACUUUUACGUUGCAUGUCCCAUAUUUUUUC